AUGAGCGCGGCGUACGCACGAUCCAUCGCGGGUUUGGGACACGGCGCGCCGCCCGCCCGCGGUCGUCGCGCGCCGCGUCGCGUCGCCGCCGUCGCCGAGGCGGGUCCGACGCCCGAGGCUGUCGAAGCCGCGUACACGGCGUGCGAGGCGAGCACGCGAGCGAGCUCCGCCACGUUCCAUUUCGCGACGCUGCUCAUGCGCCCGACGCAGCGGCGGAGCGUGCAGGCCAUCUACGCGUGGUGCAGAGAGCUGGACGAGACCGUGGACGGCGUGGAAGCGCUGAAGGCCCCGAGGGAGGAGGCGGACCGGAAGCUCAGCGCCAUCGAGGCGGACCUGCGCGCCAUGUUCGACGACGACGACCGGGGCGGCGGCCCCACCAUCGCGCUCGCGGACACGAUCCGACGCACGCCGGGCCUCGAGGCGGGGCCGUUCCUGGACAUGAUCGCGGGCAUGCGCUCGGACCUCGCCGUGACCCUCGACGUGAACACCGGUCUGCCCUCGGUGAUGUUCGACGAUUGGCCGGCGCUGCGCGCGUACUGCUACCGGGUCGCCGGGACGGUGGGUUUAAUGACGCUCCCGGUCAUGGGCACCGCGCGGGGGUACACGAUGGAGCAGGCGUCCACGCCCGGAAUCGAACUCGGGAUCGCGCUGCAGCUGACGAACAUCUUGAGGGACGUGGGCGAAGACGCCAGGCGGGGGCGGCUGUACCUGCCUUUAGACGCGAUCGCGAAACACGGUUUGACACCGCGAGAGAUCCUCGACGGCGUCCUGGACGAGCGGUACGAAGCUCUGAUCGAGAGCGAGAUUCGCAGGGCGGAGGCGCACUUUGCACGCGCGGCGGGCGGGGUUCGGAUGUUGGCGCCGGCGGCGCGGCUUCCCGUGCUCGCCGCCGCCGAGGUUUACGGCGCGCUGCUCCAAAAGGUGAGAGACAACGGGUACGAUAACCACACCAAGCGCGCGUACACGACGAGCUGGGAGAAGCUUCGCGCGUUACCCGGCUUGGUACGACGCGCGUGGUUCGAACCUUGA